UGUCAAGUGGCUUCUAUAUUCUAUGCGUUUUUUGAUGCUCUCCACUUUUUCGUAUUUGUUUGACUUUUCUAACCUAUUUUUUAAAAUUCAAAACUUGGCAAUGUUUUCUUGUUUUUAAAAUGAUUUCUCUAGAGAAUAAACUGUGUUAGUGUUAGUUCUGUAAGGUUAACCGUGUUUCCGUUUCUUUUACUGGUGCGUAGUAGUAAAAAAGGAAAAUGCCGAAGGAGCAGUAUCGAGAGACUGAUGUGGCGAGAAAAAUCUCCCACAUCAGCUUCGGUGUGGAAAGCGCUGAAAGCAUGCAACAGCAAUCCCAUAUCCAUGUAGUGGCUAAAAAUCUGUACAACCAAGACAUAGAGCGAACCCCCAUACCGUAUGGUGUCCUAGACAAACGACUGGGUACAAAUUCCAAAGAAUCCCCGUGCCAAACCUGCGGCAAAGGCAUAAACGAAUGUGUCGGUCAUUUUGGUUACAUAGACCUCGAACUGCCAGUCUUCCAUGUCGGCUACUUCAGAAGCAUCAUCACCAUUCUUCAAACGAUUUGCAAAGAUUGCGCUUGUGUUAUGAUGUCCGAAGAUGAUAAACAAUCGUUUCGCAUCAGAUUAUCCAAUCCUAACCUCAGCUACAUGACUAAGAAAGCCAUUAGAAAAAAGAUCGUUGAUAAAUGUAAGAAGGUUCAAAAGUGUCCGCACUGUAAAGAACUCAAUGGUACUGUAAAGAAGAUGACUGGUGGCAAAGGCAGUACUGGCAAUACACUUUUAAAAAUCGUUCAUGAGAAACAUCAUAUCAAAGACAAAGAUAUAAUUCUGGAGAAUCAGCUGAAGGAAUUUAGUUCUGCAAUCAAAAGCUAUCCAGACCUUCAGUCAGCACUUGGCAGUAACAUACCACAAAUUCUCACGCCUAUAGAUGUGCUAAAGCUAUUUGAAAGAAUCCCUGAAAAUGACAUCAUUCUGCUUGCCAUGGACCCGAAGAGAUCUCAGCCUAAAGACUUAUUAUUGACCAGAAUGUUGGUUCCUCCAGUUUCAAUAAGGCCUUCGGUUGUUUCAGAUCUCAAAGUUGGAACAACUGAAGAUGAUUUAACAAUGAAGCAGUCUGAAAUAAUUUUCAUAAAUGAUGUGAUUAAGAAGCACAAACUAUCUGGCGCCUCUGUCAACCUGUAUCAAGAAGGAUGGGACUUUUUACAGUUGCAGUCUGCACUUUACAUCAAUAGUGAGCUGUCUGGAAUUCCACUGUCCAUGAUGCCAAAAAAGCCGGGCCGCGGUCUCGUCCAACGUUUGAAAGGCAAGCAGGGACGAUUCAGAGGCAACUUGUCUGGCAAAAGAGUGGACUUCUCGUCACGAACUGUCAUCUCGCCUGAUCCUAACUUGGAGAUAGAUCAAGUUGGGGUGCCAAAGCAUGUAGCGAAAAUACUGACGUUCCCUGAAAAGGUUAUACAAGCCAAUAUAAAUAAGAUGAGGAAACUAGUGAUGAACGGGCCUGACAUUUGGCCUGGGGCAAAUUAUGUACAGCAGAAGGGCGCUUCAUUUAAGAAGUUUUUGAAAUAUGGAAACAGGGAAAAGCUGGCACAGGAAUUGAAGUUGGGAGACAUGGUGGAAAGGCAUCUGCACGACGACGACGUAGUUUUGUUCAAUCGCCAACCCAGCUUGCACAAACUUUCCAUUAUGGCACACAGAGCUAAGAUUCACGAGCACAGGACAUUUAGAUUCAACGAAUGUGCGUGUAAUCCGUACAACGCUGAUUUCGACGGAGACGAGAUGAACUUGCACUUACCACAAACCGAGGAAGCCAAGGCCGAGGCACUUAUUUUGAUGGGGAAUAAGAAUAAUUUGGUGACUCCGAGAAACGGGGAAUUGUUGAUAGCGGCAACUCAAGAUUUUUUAACCGGAGCUUACCUCUUGACGAAAAAAGAUACAUUCAUGGAUCGUGAACAUGCUAUGCAGCUAGCCGCGACGCUGUUGGCUAGCUCAGACGCAAAUAUGAACAUCGAUUUGCCUCCACCAUGCAUCAUCAAGCCGUGCCAAUUGUGGUCGGGCAAACAGAUAUGUAGCCUAAUCUUCAAACCAAACAAGAAAUACCCCGUAAAAGCUAACUUAGAGGCAAAGGGCAAGGCGUACACAAAGAAUAGGGAGCUGUGCGUCAAGGACUCGUAUGUGAUAAUCCGAAACUCGGAACUUUUGGCUGGAACUCUGGAUAAGGGUCACUUGGGCAGCGGCGGGAAAGCCGGGAACAUUUUUUAUAUCAUUUUGAGGGAUUUCGGACAAGAGUACACCAUCAGAGCUAUGUGGAGAUUAGCAAGGAUGACUUCAUACUAUCUGAUGAAUUCUGGAUUUUCAAUCGGUAUCGGAGAUGUCACACCGGGAGAGAAUCUUAUAAGAAGAAAAAAUAAACUGUUGAGUGCUGGUUACGCUCAGUGUCAGGCGUACAUAAAGGAAAUGAAUGAAGGAAAAUUGGCGACUCAACCGGGUUGCACGAUAGAAGAGUCCUUAGAAGCUGUCAUCCUGAAAGAAUUGUCUGUGAUACGAGAACAUGCUGGACAAGCUUGUGUAGCUGAGCUUCAUCCUACCAACAGCCCGCUCAUUAUGGCCCUUUCUGGAUCUAAAGGAUCUUUCAUCAACAUAUCUCAAAUGAUAGCUUGCGUCGGACAGCAAGCUUUGAAUGGAAAAAGGGUGCCGAACGGGUUUGAAAAUCGUUCCCUGCCCCAUUUUGACCACUAUUCAAAAACUCCUGAGGCAAAGGGAUUCGUGGAAAACAGUUUUUACUCUGGAAUGACCCCGACAGAAUUCUUUUUCCAUACUAUGGGCGGCAGGGAAGGUUUGGUUGAUACCGCCGUCAAAACAGCCGAGACUGGUUACAUGCAACGACGAUUGGUCAAGUCGCUAGAAGAUUUAGUAGUACAUUAUGAUGGAUCUGUGCGAAAUGCUGAAAGUGAUAUAGUUCAGAUCACUUAUGGCUGUGAUGGGUUAGAUCCAACGUACAUGGAAGGCAAAGAUUGUCCGGUGGAUUUUGACAGGGUGUUGGCGUGCGUUAGAGCCAAGUGUCCAUAUAGAAACGAAGUGGCUCUAGACGGCGAACAGAUACGUAGAGCUACUCAGGCCUUCAUCGCGACAAAGGCGCUUGAUGAAUGCAGUGAAGAUUUCCGGAAACAGCUAGUAUCGUUCAUGAACAAAGUAGCCGAUAAGGUGGACUCGGUUCACAAGAAAUACGGAUACGACAGUAUUGUGAACGAGAUAGAACGCUUGACGUGCAGUCAACUGGUCACUUUCUUCGAGACGUGCGGUCUAAAGUACACCAGGUCUAUCAUCGAACCCGGUACAGCAGUAGGAGCUCUGGCAGCCCAAAGUAUCGGCGAACCUGGAACCCAGAUGACCUUGAAAACUUUCCAUUUUGCUGGGGUAGCUAGUAUGAACAUCACGCAGGGUGUUCCCAGGAUAAAAGAAAUCAUAAACGCAACAAAAAACAUCAGUACACCUAUCAUAAGGGCAGAUUUAGUAAAUUCCACUGAUCCAUGGUUUGCUAGACAAGUAAAAGGUAGAAUCGAAAGGACCACUUUAGGCGAAAUAUCUACGUAUAUAGACGAUGUAUAUACGAAGACAGAAGCUUUUCUAUUAAUCCAGUUGAACCAAGAAAGAAUAAAGCUCCUGAAACUGGAGGUUUCUGCAGAAAGUAUCAGGCAAAGUAUAUGUGCUUCUAAACUCAAACUGAAACCUCAAGAUAUCAGAGUAGAAAACGAUUCAGUCAUAACGGUACAUCCGAAUAAAAGUAAGCAUGCCAGGAGACUGAAUUUUGCCCUAAGUGAGCUGAAAGACCAACUUCCCAACGUCGUUGUUAAGGGACUGCCAACAGUGAAUAGGGCAGUGAUAGCAAGAGAAGAUAAAGGAGGUAAACCAGUACACAGUCUCUGUGUCGAAGGCGAUAAUUUGCGAGAGGUGAUGGCAACGUAUGGUGUACAGGGAAAUAAAACCUUUUCAAAUAAUAUUAUGGAAGUAUACCAGACGCUAGGGAUAGAAGCAGCUAGAGAGACGAUAAUGUCGGAAAUCAAAAUGGUGAUGGAAAACCACGGUAUGAGUGUAGAUUAUCGACACAUAAUGCUGCUGGCAGCACAAAUGACACAUACUGGCGAAGUAUUAGGAAUUACGAGGCAGGGAUUGGCCAAAAUGAAGCAGUCAGUGCUGAACCUUGCAUCGUUUGAGAAGACAGCAGACCAUCUGUUCGAUGCGGCAUACUACGGACAAAUAGAUAAAAUAAAUGGAGUGUCAGAGAAUAUUAUCAUGGGAAUGGCUGCGCCAAUUGGUACUGGUAUUUUCAAACUACUGCACAAACCAACCCAUGUCGAUAGAGAACCUCAACAGCAAUAUCUUUUGUUUGAAUCUGCUGUCGGUGAGUUUAUUUCGUGAUAUAUGUAGAGAAUAAAAAGUGAU